GUAUAGACUCAAGUUAACCUAAACAUGUCUUCCAAGAAUUACCCCUUCCUUUAAGCAGAAAGUAACAACUACUGUCAUUUAGUCUUCCAUCAUUAUUUGGUCUACCAAGCCCUGGAAGAGUUAAUGUGGUGCUAUAAGGUCCUGAGUUGUGGCUGAGGUUGAGGUGAAUAAGAAUGCCCCAAGCAGCGAGGAGUCAGCAGUCUCAACCACAGCCUGAGAUCUGAGAAGUUGGCAAGAUACUAUCUCAAUCCCCUCAAUUUGCUGGCAUCUCUCUUGACUAAAGUGUAAAUGAAAUUAUCUAGCUUAUUCUGAAUCAGUGUUAGAAUUUUUUUUUUCCAAAAGCUUGAAGAGAUACCAUGUUUAGGGGCUGGACUGCUUGUGCUACCUUUCCCCCUACCUGAGGUGGUAGUGGUCUUUUUUUUUGUAACAUAGAAUUUUGAUCCUGGGUUAGCUACAGAUCAGCCACUGGAUGGAUUUAGCUGAGGCAGCUUAUGGCUUUUGCUUCAGUCCCCAUGUCAUCUUCUUCACUCCCUCCUGUGAGUGUGCCUGCCUUCGUGCCCUAUAUCUACAUUCUCUCCUAUAGAAUCACUCCAGGUUAAAAGAAAUCUUGGAAAACUUCUAAUUAAAAUGUUAUGUUUAUCUAGUUCCCUGAAGUUUACAAAGCUCUUUUCUCGGGGCAGUGCUAUGAGACAUUGAGUUUGUUGUGGGAAGGGGGAGAGACUAAGCUUAUGGUUUCACUGGUCUUGAGGGCUCUUCAGAGGCAGGUCUUUUUAGCGAAAAUAUCCCCAUUUUAUGGAUAAAAGAAGUAAUAAUUAGAAAAAUUAGGCAUAAUUUUUUGGAGCUGAAAUUCAUAGGCAAACUUCUUAACUAUAAAUCUAACACUUCCAUUUUACUAUUUUGCUCUCUGGUCCAACCCUCCCCAUCUACCCCUUAAUUUGCAGGGGAAUUGGGCUCAAAGAGUUAAAGGUCCUUGCUCAAGGUUACCCAUCACGUUAAAGCUUGGCUGCUUCACCUCUGGACCUAACAGAAGCAGAAACUGUGUGGCAAAAGUUGUAUAGUGGCUGUUCCUAUCAAUUAGUAGAUCAGUUUCCCUUUCCCCAAUCUGUCAUAAGCCUCACAAAUAGACUCAGGUCUUCUUUCAAAGUUCAGAUACUUCCAUUUAGAUGUCAAGGAUAUCUUGUGUCCUCAGAUGAUGAUGAGUCUCAGAAGGGAAAUAAGAUAGUUGGAACCCAAUGGUAGAUCACACCUGUUUUUUUCAGGUAUUCUCUCUCUCUCUCUCUCUCUCUCUCUCUCUCUCUCUCUCUCUCUCUCUCUCUCUCUCUCUCACUCUCUCUCUCUCACUCUCUCUCUCUCUCUCUCUCUCUCUCUCUCUCUCUCUCACUCUCUCUCUCUCACUCUCUCUCUCUCUCUCUCUCUCUCUCUCUCUCUUUCUCUUUUGGCUCCAAGGCAGAAGAGUGGUAAGGGCUAGGCAAAGGGGGUCAAGUGGCUUGCCCAGGGUCACACAGCUAAUAAGUGUCUUGAGGUCAGAUUUGAACCCAGGACCUCCCAUCUCUAGGCCUGACACUCAAUCCAAUGAGCUACCCAGCUGCCCCCUCAGAUAUUCUCUUAAUUCACUCUGGCCUAGGCCCUUCUCCAGGAGCUCUCAGCACCACGCGCCCAAAGGAAAUUACUGCCCAGAAUCCUGUCACCAUGAAAUACACUAGAUUUGAAGGUAGAAGAUUUGGGUUGAAUCUCUACCAAUUGCUACCUCUUUUUGACCAUUUGUUCAUGCUUAAAAUUAGAAAGUUAGGUGAUAUUUAAUAAUUAAAUGAUACAUAUUUUUAUACAUAAAGUAGUGAUGGAGAAUUUCUACCCAAAGAGAAUGACCAUUAGGAGGUAGGUAACAGUGGGAUUGUCCUUUUUUCUUUCAAGGGGAGACAAUGUUGUAUACUAGGGAGUAGCUCUCCUUAAGAGUCAGCAGUUCACUUUUUUUUAAGUAAAUUUUAAUUGAUAUUUUCUGUUUCUUUUAUCACUAUGGUUUCCCAUCAUCUCUCCCUCACCCCAAAGAGCCAUUCCAUAUGACAAAUAGCAUUUUUUGGAGAGGAAAAAAAAAUUAGCACAACUGAUCAAUACAUUGAGAAGUUAAAAAACUUGUAUCAUGUAACACACGUGGACCUUUCACCUCCACGAAGGGGUAGGUUGGAUAUGUCUUUUGAUAUCUCUUUAUUUGAGACCCACUUGAUCUUUAAAAUUUUAUUACAUUUAUUUUUGAUAAUUCGGUGUGUCCUUUUUCUUUCCAUUUACAUUGUUAAAUUAUUGUGUAUAUUCUUGGUUUUGCUUGCUUUGCAGCAGUUCAUACAGAUCUUUUACAUGCUUUCCUAAAUUCAUACACCUCAUUUCUUACAGCACAGUAACAUUUCAUUACAUUCAUGUACCACCACUUGUAUAACCAUUCCCCAGUUGAUUGCCUACUUUGUUUCCAGUUCUUAGCUGUCACAAAAAUUGCUACUAUAGAUAUUUUGGAGUAUAUGGAGACUUUUCUUAUAGAUGUCUUCAUUGGAGUAGAAGCCCAGUAACAGAAUAUCUGGUUCAAAUAUAUGAAUAUUUUAGUCUCUCAGUUUUUCUGUAAGUCCAGUUUUCUUAUAAAAUGCAGAGGUUGGAGUAGGUUGACCUAAGAUCUUUUUCAAUAUUCUAUAUGAUUAUCUAGGUUGAUCUCUAACCCUAUUCUAAGAGCUAAUGGAACAGUGUGGGAAGAUUGACUUUAUGUGACCCAUACAUGCAUUUGAUUUGCAUCAUGCAACUAAGGUGGGGGGCUAGGUUUGGGCUCUACAGAAAACAUUGGAGGAAGCUAAGAAAAUGACCCCAACCUAGUUGAAUAGAUAAAAUCCUGGACAUAGGCCAAGUGGUGUACAGGAAAACACACUGAACUGAUGAGUCAGGAAGACCUAGGUAUUGAUCCCAGCCCUGAUACUUAGCUUUGGCUAAAUAUUCUCACUAGAAAGUGGAAUUUAUUGUCUUAUUGCCUUUUCCAUGGAGCUAUUAAAAGAUAAUGAAUGAAAAAAUGACUUUAUAAACUGGAGCCCUAUGUUCAAAGUAUGUUCCAGCCUCUGGCUAAUCUGGGAAAGUAAGGGAGAAGUCUGUGCUUUUUUAGUAUGAAGGGGAACUUCCACCCUGACUAGAAUUACUUUGAAGGGAAGGAACAUUUUGACAUCUUGAUGUCAGUUAAAAGAUAUUCUCUUGAAAUCAUCUUCUUCAACCCUCCUCCCAGACUUCUCUAUUACUGUUGAAGACAUAGCCAUCCUCUUAUUCUUCAGGGUCUCCCAGUGAAAUCCUGAACCCUACACUUUUUGUUACCCCUCAUAUCCAAGCUAUUGCCAAGUUUUGUGUCUUUCGCCUUUUCAAAAUCAAAUAUUCCCACUUCCCUCUGACACUACCACCACCCUUGUCCAGGCCUUUAUCACCUCAUAACUGUACCAUUGCAAUAACUUGCCUGUAAGUUUGGUGGCUUCCAGUCCCACUUCACUCCAAAUUCACCCCCCAAAGUGAUUUUCCUAAAGCAUAGUUCUUGUCAGUUCCCUAUUCAAUAAACUCCCAUGGCUCUUUAUCACCUCCAAGUUCAAAUAUAAAAACCUCUUUGGCAUUCAAAUCCCUUUUUAAUCUAGGUCCCCCUUCCCCUAUCCUUCUAGUCUUUUUACACUUUAUACCUUAAAUGUAGUCUAUCCAGUCACACUGUCCAUCUUGCUGUUUCUUGCCCAUGACACACCAUCUCCUAAUUGGAUGUUUUUUACUUGUCAUCUCCCAUGCCUGGAAUGUUCUUUAUGUCUGCCUCCUGACUCACCUGGCUUUCUUCAGGUCUCCGCUAAAAAUCCUACCUUCUACAUGAAGCUUCUCACAAGUCGAUCAAUUUCAGAGUCUUUUCCUUCUGUUGAUUAUCUCCAGUUUAUCUGAAUAUAGUUUGUAUAUAUUUAUUUACAUGUUGUCUCUUCCAUUAGAUUGUGAGCUCCACGAGGGCAGGGACUGUCUUGCCUGUCUGUAUCUCCAGUGCUUAGCCCAGUGCCUGGCACAUAAUAGGUACUUAAUAAACAAUUAUUGACUGAUUCUUGGCAACAGCUUGGCUAAACUCAAACUUGUAGAGGUAAUAGAGCUUUACUCUUUGCAUUAUGGACAUAAUUAAUCAUAAUAAAUCAUAAUAUUUAAUAACAGACAACAUUUACAUUACAUUUCGGGGUUUGCAAAACAAACCUUAAAUCUCAUUUGAUAAAAAGGCCUGCUAUCCAUAAUAGGGAAUGAGGAAAUUUGGUCACGUUGGUUCAGUCUCCAUCCCUUUAUCUACAGUGCCUACCAGACUGUUGUCCUGCUGCCUACAUCCUUAGCCCAUAUCUAACACUGCUUCUCAGUUUAGGCCUUCCUACACAAAAAAAAUUCCCUCUUCCCUACCUUGAUCAAAUUCAGAUUGGAGGAUGUGUGACUGAGGGCUAAUUUAUGGAGGCCCAGGAAAUACUACCUCAGUAGGGCAAGAUUUUUUAUUCAGUUUAACAAGGAAUUGGGAGUACCAAGAUAAAAUUAGACAUUGCCUGCCCUCUAAAAAAGCUUAUAUUCUAUUGGUGGGGGUGUGGAGGGAAUAUAAAGUAAUUUGAGGGAGAGAUCCCGGUCACCUAGGGGGAUCAGAUAGGGCAUUCAUUAAGGUGGUAGCACCUGUGCCCUCUUUUGGAGAAACCCAGGAGUUCUAUGAGGUAGUACUAGGUUCAGGCAUUUGUAACGUGUAGGAAAUAGCAAGCAGGCCAGUUUGACUGAAAUGUCCACAGAAGAAUACAAGCAGUGUCUUGAAGAGUUUAUGGGAGUUAGAUUUUAAUUAUAUUUUAUUCUAGACUAGGGAACAAGCCCCUGAAGAAUUCUAAACAAGAAAGUAAUGUGGUUAGACUCAUUUUGAAAAUAUUAUUUUGGAAACUAUGUGGAGAUUGCAUUAGAAAGGGGAGAAAGACUCAAAGUAGGGAGAUCCAUUAUUGAGGGUAUUUCAGUAAUCCAGAUGAGAGUCUGAAUUUAUAGGAGUAAAGUGGCCUUGGGAUUGGAGGGAAAAGGAUAUGGGUGCAAGAGAUGGAGAACUGACAAGUUUGGGCAGCUGAACCAUAAUGAACUAGAAAUGUGAGCUCUUAUGGGACUAUGGAGAAAAUGGAGGUGUAGUGAAUUGUCCAGGGUUAGUUACGUGGGUAGUAAAUAGUCGAGCUGUGAAUUUGGAUUUGCAAAACCUGAUUCCAAGUCCAGUGAUCUUUCCACUAUAUCAUGGUUAUUAAGAGCAUAUCCUGCCCUUUUGCAGCUAUCCCCAGAGGCAGGGGACACACACCACUACCUGCACUAGCUUCAGAGUUUCCUUUCUUUCCAGGAAAGAAUCAAGGGUUGGGACAUCCCAGGGUAGCCAACUAAGGGACAGUCAAGAGGAAUCAGAAUUAGCAUAUUGCCAAUGGCAAUUCAUAGGCUAGGGUCAAUGGAUGAUGGACACUUCAGGAAGAAGUAAAAAUGUCAUUGGAACAGCUCCAAGCUAAUUGUUAAGCAUGGGGGAAUAAAAGCAUUGUUAUAUGCUACUUUUUUGAGUGCCAAAAUUAUUUCAUGCCAUGGCAUAGUAGGCCUGGUACCAGAGUACCAGCAGGUCUUUGCCCUGUGAAGUAUGCUGUGGCAUUCAGGAGCUAGGGAAUGCUUUCCCUUGGCCAGGAUCGAUGCAGGUCAUACUGAUACUUGCCAUGGUCCCAAAAUUUUCUUCCCAUCUGCUUUUCUUCUGCCUCAGGCUAUAAGGGCUCUUUCAGGUAAGCUCUGGAAGUGCAAGGAUUAAGGUUAGAGUUGUAAAAGUUGCAGAAUGUCUAGUAAGUUUGUGGAAUGACUCAGUUUGCAGAGUGUCCACUUAACCCUAAGACUCUAGAUUCCUGAAAUCCCAACCUCAGGUUACCUGCCUCAGAUCCCAGGAUGAUGCCUGAUCCCUUCUCAUCUACUUUCCCUUCCUCAGAUCCACUCCAGAAACAUCUUUUGUAAAACUGGCAUAAAGAUUAUCCAGGCCCCUCUUGCAUAUGUAUGAAUAUAUAUAUGCGUGUGUAGGUGGGGAACCACAUGUGUAUGCUUUAACUCAGCCAUCCUGUAUGAUCUGAAUCUGUUCCUGUUCCUCAGAGAUGUGGAAAGUGAAUGAAGAACUGAGAGAAGACUUGGAAACCACUGUGUCACCCCAGUUCUUAUCCCUAUGGCUCUGGUCUCUUCUCUCUUCCCCUAUCUCCUCUCCUAGCCUGGGAGAGAGCUAAUUUCACAUUCCUAUUUUAUUGGGCUGUAACUGAAUUGAGAAAACUAGUUGUCUCAGCUUGGCAAAAACCUGACAUGGCGACUAAAGAAGCUGGCACUACUUGGGGUUGUAAUCCCAUUACACACUUGGAGCCCACCAAAAAUUGCUUCAGAGAGACUUGAGAUUGGAAUCUAGAUUUAUCUCUUUAGCCAGAAUGGAGAUUCCCUCCUCCAACAGCACUGAGACUUGUUAGCCUAAGCACCUUCCCUGCAGCACACCAGACACCUUUCCCCCAGACCCGCACUUUGUCAGAUGCCAUUUCUCCAUGGUCACCCAUCAGGCAGAUUCUUUUUGGAACCAUCUGAAAUGUGGAGCCAGAAAUCUGUGCCUAUAUGACUAGAGAAAGCAAUAUUUUCCCUGAUCUCUGAUCUCCUGAUCCCUGAUUUUCCCUGAUCUCCUGCAAACCACUCUAGAUGAGUUGAUCAUGGAACCUGGGAUCUAGCUAAGAAUAAAGCCUAAAUCCCUCAUUGCUAGAAAAGACUGGGAGAAAUGACCAGCCAAGGUCAUGCAGCCAAGGUUAGUGAUUAAGCUGUCUGGCUUCCAGCCACGUGUUGAGACAAGGUUCUGGGCUGUAGAGGCAGAGACCAAGUGGUGGUAUGCCAUCCUAGAGAGUGCCCAAGACUUGGGGGGUGGCGGGGAGGACUCGAGAGGCCUUGUCUUGGCUCCCACUGGGGCCUAAGCAAGUGUCACUUCCCAGAUGAACUAAGUGUGACUGGCUCUGUCAUCAUAGCCGAUUCCCCUGUCCCCACUGCAGACGCCUCCUUUCUUCCCAGUUUCCCUGCCCUUUUCUGCAGAAAGGUCUGUCUCAGUUCUGUCCCUCAGCAGCUCAUCUGGAAAGUGACCGGCGCUGGCCAAAGCUGCUUACUGACACGCACAAACAUCUGUAGCUAUGAGGGAGGGCUAUUUAGCGGCAAAGGUUAGUAAGAAAUACCCGGGGAUGGCUGGAAGGUCCGUGGGGAAUCGUCAGUGCUAGAGCCCCGUGGCAGCAGCCAGCACCUAGUAGGGAUGGAAAGGGUGACCAAUGGAGGAUCAUCCUCGGCGGGAUUUUCAGUGGCUCUAGUUAAUGGAAUGGGCAAGGUGCGGGUUCUGGUGAACCGGCUUUCUAGGACCUAAUGUGCGGUGGGAUGAGGAGCAGACAGGCGGGGGUUGGUUCUGCACGCUCCCGCGGUCUUUGUGCGCACGCCCGCGGGAGGGGGCGCGCGUCUGGUUAGGGACUCGCGCUGCUCGGGCGGCGGCAGCGGCAGCGACAGUGUCGGCGGCAUCUUUGGGGGCUCUCAGUCUAGGGCCAGCCAGACUGACUGACUGACAAACGGAGACGCGCAAUGGAGGGGGCUUCUUUCGGAGCUGGCCGGGCUGGAGCCGCCCUGGACCCCAUAAGCUUCAUCAAACGUCCCCAGACCAUCUUGCGGAUCACGGCCUGGGUAUUCUCCAUUGUGGUGUUUGGCUCCAUCGUGAAUGAGGGUUAUGUGAAUAGUGACAGCACCCCGGAACUGCACUGCAUUUACAACAAGAAUGAAGGUGCCUGUAAUUAUGGCAUCACCAUUGGUAUCAUUGCCUUCUUUGCCUGCAUCUUCUUCCUCGUCCUUGACCUCAACUUCCAGGAGAUCAGCAGCGUCAAGGAUCGGCGGCGGGCAGUGCUCCUGGACCUGGGCUUCUCAGGGCUCUGGUCCUUCCUGUGGUUUGUAUGUUUCUGUUUCCUGGCAAACCAAUGGCAGCAGACCAAGAAGAGUGAGGAAGUAAACCAGGGAGCAGAUGCAGCCCGGGCAGGCAUCGCUUUCUCUUUCUUCUCUAUCCUCACUUGGGUGGCCCUCAUGGUGAAGGCGCUACAGAGAUAUCGUCUGGGCACUGAUAUGUCCCUCUUUGCCACGGAACAACUUAGUGCAGCCCCUGGCACCAGCUACCCUGGAUACCCAGCAGGCAGUGGUGUUGAGGGCACUGAGACCUACCAGAGCCCUCCAUUCACCGAGACACUAGACACCAGCCCCAAGGGCUACCAGGUGCCUGCCUAUUAGCAGAGCUGCCUACCCCGUGCCAGGGCCUCGGGGUACCGUGAGCAUGUUUGGGCUACAGCUAUGGCCUGUCCCUGUGGGCCAGUCUUGUGGACUCUGUACAGUGGUCUCGGUUCUCGUCUCACCUCUAAGGGUUAAGCAAACAAAAUAAUCACAGUGUUCCCUCUAAGUCUGAAAAAAAGAAAGGAAAGAAAGGGAGUUGGGGAAGGAAAGGAGGCCAAUGGGUGGGAGGGAGGGAAAGGAAAAAAGAUACAUGUGGGAAGGAAAGAGAGGAAAGGAAAAGAAGGCUGAGGAAGAAGCCAGGAAGAGAACAAGAAGGUGGAAAAUAUGGAGAAGGAAAGCCAGAUAUAUGCUAGAAAGGAAGGCAAGGCAAGGGGAGUAGACAGCCAAGUAUGCUCCAGGAGGUAAGAGGCACAAAGAGGGAGAAAGGGAAGACCCAUGCUCUGAACACAGAAUGGCCUUAAUUAGUAUUAAAGUUGGAAGGGGAGGAGGGGUAAAGGGAAGAGAGGCAGUGAGUGUCCUGUCAAUGCUUCUUCAUUGAAGGAAGGAAACUGCGAAAGAGAAGUGUUAGCAUGAAAUCAAGAGCUCUCAAUGGAAACUGCUGAGCCCAAAGCUCAGAUUUUUGUAGGAAGGGUGCUAGGAGUCUCCUGACCCAGCCACAACUGUGCCCCCCUGGGGGCAGGCCUCUGAGUCUCCUCCUUCUCAGAGCUACCUUCCACCCCCAGGCUCUGAAUCAGGACAGCCUGCUAAGUUGGACAUUCUGAUUUCCUCAGCUCCAGUCCCUAGCUAGAAGGGGAUGCUCAUCCCUCUUCUCCGACCCAAAUACUAUCUCCUUGGCCUUCUCUAGUAAAUUCUCAGAAUGAGUCCAAUCCUCCUGGGCCCCCAAACCCUGCCCCAUGAGGGAGAAGACUCAGGGUUUCCAGGGUGCUCUGCCCCAUCCUUCCCCCACAGGCUGGGUUAUCUAUUCCCCAUCCUGUGCCAGACCCAUGGCUUCUCAUCCCUAAGUCUGAAGGAAAAGAUCCAGCUGAGGAAGGGAAGUCUCAUGGCCCCUCUCCAGGGAAAACUAUCGCAGCAAUAUUUUCCUUAGAGGGAACACUGACUCAUUUUAGCAGCACAAAGGUACGUGUUAAUAUUUUAGCCAAUAAUCAAUUUAAACGGUUCCUUAAAUUGAUUGUGAGAUAACUGUCCAUUGGGUAUAUUGUAUUUUUCUAUCUUGCUCUUUGUGUAUUUCCGUGAUCGCAUUGGGCUUUCUAUGGAUGUCAGGGCCAUUCUCAGUGCCCAGAGCCCUAGGUCCAUCCAGCACUUGGUGGCUCCCUUCCCCAGAUCCCCGGGCCACUUGGGAGAGAAUAAAAGUUGGGGAUGCUGCAGAAACGUGUACACAACCCCCAGAAAAAGUAGUUCAGGUUCCUGGGAGGGUAUCCCUAUUAGUGACUCGGGGACACCUUCCCCAUGUCCUUCUCUGAUGGGCUAGUGACUCUGCUCCCCAAUGGCCAACCUGCCAAGCCAGGCCUAGGGCUGCAAUAGACAGAACUGGGGAAUGAACAGGUAGACAAGGAGAGAAGCUGAACAUGGUGGCUAAGCACUUUGCCUUCUCUCAUGGCCAGCCAGUCUGGGCUAGCACUGACCUCCCCCACCCUACCCAGUGUUGGGGGGGGAGGGGAGGGAUCAGCUGGGACUUUCUGCCUGAACCUAACUCCCCAGACCUCUACAGCUGGGACUCAGCUCACAAAAAGGCAAGAUGUACCAAAGGCAGCAACAGCAGCAAGAGCCCUGCCCCUAGGCCUGGCCCAAUCCCUACUUGCAUGACCUGGGCAGCUCCCAGCCCUAGAGUGUGCCCAAGUUUCCAUCCGGGGAGUCCUUAUAAGCAAUUUUGGGUGUGGGUAGUACUGUUAAAUAGUGUCCAUUGUAGUCUGUCUUCCGUGCCAGUGGUUUGUCAGGUAGGGUAGUAUGCCCAGCGAUACGGAAUGUAAUUUAAUCUAUUCUUAUGGACUCAUUAGAGAAAUCCUAAUUAGAGUUGUUGGUGUUGUAGCUAUAGAACAUGCUUUAGCCUUCCUGUAUUAAUUCCCUAGAUCCUUGCCUUUUUUUCCCCCAUUAAGCAUCCCUGCCCCAGCCAUCAUCCAUUUUCCCUUGGUCAGUAGGGGCCCUGCUCUACCAGCUGAAGCAAAGCAUGUCCAUUCUGCUGCCAUUCUGAGCAUCACACGCCAACAUUCCCAUUACUGGCUUCUGUUCUCACAAGCUGCUGAGGAGCCUCUAAGGUGGCCUCUGGAAGGAACAGUCAGACACUGAAGCUGAUGCCCUCCUUUGACAGCUACAAAUACAUGCCCAAGUCCAGGCCUUGGGGGUUACCCCUUUACAGAGAGGAGGCACAUGCCUUGUGCCUGGCCUAGCUGGGCAGUGUGAGUGCUUGAUGAGGGUAGGAAGAAAUAAGGAAAUGAAAAAGGGAGGUGAGAGGUCCAGAGCUCUGCCUCUUUUCCACGUUUAAAUAAUAAACACAAAUGCAUUUGACACACGGACAAGGAAGGCCUCCUGCCCAGUCCUGUAAACAGUGCAUGCACACACCAACUGACUGCACCUACCUGCCUCUCAGGUCGAUAACUGUGGCCCUGGCUCAGCAGUGUCUCUUCCCCAGAGAAGCAAGCAUUCACCAUGAACUUUGUUUACACUAGAAUGACGUUAUGGGCUUAAGUCACCUCAUGACCAUCUCAAAGAAUUCAUCUCUACCUUGAAACUUCUGCCAACUCUUUCCCACAGCAGGUGGGCUGGUUGGUCACUGGCAAGCAACCAGGGGGUGCUCCCUCCCAGCCCACCCUCCUGUUACAGAGUUCAUUAGAGGGACCACUCACUCCUUGCUGGAGCUCAGCAGCCUGGACUCUGUUGCAUUUAACCCUUCAAUUCUGUACUAGUUUUUAAUAUCAAAUGGAUACCAAAUGUGGUUUGCCCAUUUAAGUUUUGCAGAUACCUCUAUUUAAAGGCAGGCUGCUUCCCAAAGCUGCUGUUGUAAGUAAAACUAUGUACAUUGUAGUCUAGGGUGGACUGUGUAUGGAACCGUCAGUUAAAAAAAAAAAGAAAAAAGUUUACAAUUUUUUUGUAUAUAUAUAUCUCUCUCUUCUGAAAGAACAAUCCGUGAUUGUGUAUUUUCAGUGUCUGUGUCCCAACUGCAACUUAUUUUCAAUAAAGAGUGCAAAUGAA